AAAAAUGGAUAUUAUUUCUUUACUUUCCUGUCAAAGGAACGACUCGAGUACCACUAAUGAUAAACUGGCUUUUGUGAAGCCGACUGAACUUUCAACCUUUGAAGAACCUUCGAUAGCUGAGCUUGCCAGAUCUUAUUGCUUGUGUGACUAUGACAUGCCAUGUUAUGGACACAGAGAGACACCAACCUCAUUUGCUCCUUCGAGCUUUGAGUUUAAGUCUUGAUUCAAUACCAGUCUUCAAGGGUAUCCAGAAUUGCAAAAUCAAAGUAGAUAUAGCAACUCUACAGGAGUGUCAUCAAGAGGAGAUAGGACAAUUUAUCUCCAGUCAAAAUUAGCCAGACUGCAUCAAUACUUAGAGAACAUUGACGAUCCCUUCAAAAUUCUUGUGUUCAGAAAACCCAAAGUAAACUGUAGAACUUCAAGAAUUAGUACAAGAAGGUCUCGCUACACCGGAGUCUUCAAGAAUGGUUUGAAGUGGCAAGCCCUUAUCAAUAUCGGCAACAAGAAGACCUACAUUCAGACCUAUUCAACCCAAGAAGAGGCAGCCAGAGCCUUUGACUUGAUAUCCUUACUCAUGAACAGAAAGAAGGCAGUGACGAACUACAGUUACUCGAAGGAAGACAUUUUUUCAUUGUUCUCAGAGUAUUCAGACAUAGUUAAUAAAUUUUGCUCAUAA